AUGGUAGGAAGAAGCUACAGCUUAAAUAUGAGCGGUGUUGAGUCCACAGAUCUUAGAAUUGCUCUUUAUGAAACGAAGGAAGAUGUUCAGAGACUCCAUGAAGAGUUAGACGCAGAGAGAGAAGCGACUGCAACAUCAGCUAGCGAAGCCAUGUCAAUGAUUCUAAGGCUUCAAGGAGAGAAAGCUGCACUGGUUAUGGAAGCUAACCAGUACAAGAGAAUGGUAGAGGAGAGAAUGUCCCACGCCGAGUUGUCUCUGGAUCUUUUGGAGGAUUUGAAUUACCAGAAAGAAGUUGAAAUCAAGAACCUUGAGAGUGAAUUACAUGCAUAUAGAAGCAAGCUUAUGAGCUUGGGAUGCAGAAGCGAUGAUGAUCAUAUAACAGAUGAUGGUAUUAGAUGUUGGGAUAGGUCUCAAACGCCAUCUCCAGAACCGGUUGAUAUAGAUCUUUUGGUUCCUGUGGAGAAGGGAGUUAUUGAGCAGAGCUUGGAUUCAUCAAGAAGAGAUCAGGAGAAGAUCAAGAAGCUGGAAGAGCAAUUGAAAGAGCUUAUGGAAUUUAGAGACUCUAUAAGAGAUAAAAUUAAGGAGACAUUUUCUGUUUCUGAGACUAAGAUUGGAGUAAAGGGUAAAGCUUUUGCUGCAACCUCUUCGUCAAGCAUUCAGGAUAUAGUUGAAGUUGUACAAACAAAGGAGAAAAAGAUGUGUAAGAAAUCAUCUAAACGGAAAAGAGACAAAAGUAUCAAGAAAGAUCUUGCAAGAGGAACUUGUUCUGCAAUUGAAGCAGAGUAUCAGGCCGAGUUGCAAAGAUUGAAAGAGAGAGUAGAGAGGCUUGAGAGAGAAAGAGGCAGCGGAGGAGAGUCUCAAACUAGUGGAGUAAAUCAAGAAAUGAUGAGUCUGCAGCGAAAAUCAGAAGAAGAGUCAAACUCUUUGAAACCUGAAAUGAAGAGUUCAAGAGCUAUUAUUGAUGUUCAAGAGGCAAUGCUUUACUUCUGGCUAUGA